GCCAAGGCCGUGGCCAAAAAAACUGUCAAGCUGCAAAAUACCAAUAGCCCCGUAAUCAGGUCCACCAUCAGCCCAGAGUUUGAGGAGAAAAUCGACUCUGAGAUUCAGAAGAUCGAGGAAUCCGUGAAACGAGUAUCACUAGUCGAGGAGCAACAGCCGUCCCGCAAACUGUCACGGGACUACAACUACAACGGCUACAAGCACCGCAAUCAACGAAAUGGGUUCCAGAACUACAACAAAAAGGGCUUCCAGCAGUUUCCGCCGUACCCCUUUGUACCUGUGCCGCAGUUUGGAUUUGGCUAUCUGCCGUUUGCGCCGGGUCCUAACACGCUUCCGCCGCCCUUUUCCCCGCAUUCGCCGUCGUCCGAAUCCGACCAGUCGCUAAACCCGCCAAUGUUCAAUCCGUACAACGCGUACGCUUUUCCGCCGCCAAACGGUCAGUUCCCCGUCAUCGAUGAGCGCUUGGGCUACGUGACGAACCAGUUGCGGUAUUACUUUUCGUUGGAAAACUUGUUGAAGGACAUGUAUUUGCGGAAAAACAUGGACAGCGAGGGCUACGUGUUGCUAGGGGUUAUCAACGAUUUCCACCGUAUGAAGAGCUUGAGUGGUGGUGCCUUGGUGGUGUUACAAGAGGCGGUGAAGUACGUGCCGGAGCUUGAGAUGGUGUGGGACCGGGAGGAGGACGGGAUCUUGGUGGGAGCUAAAAUCCGAUUACGUGAGCAGUGGGAGAACUGGGUAAUACCGAGCUGAUUCCCUGUGGUCCUUAUGUCUAGAUUCUUCCUCCGUCUACCAGUUGAAUGUCCCCGUGCUCCCCCAUCCCUUUGGAUGUCUUAUUACCAAGUACCCUUGAUCUUUCAGGCCACCGGUAAUUCUCUACCUUCUUCUUUCAUUGAAGGAGAUUUCUACCUCUUUUGCUUAAUUUUUUAUCUGGCCACUGACAAGGCUUGUCUUGCUGAAACAAACCCACGAACGAUAUGGUGAUACACCGGCAAGCCUGUGGGGGCGUCAUCUUUUUAUUCUCUUUACGUAUGAUACGCAGGUCACGCGGACGGUGUAUGUUUAUACAUUCAAUCUAAAAACAGGACUUGCAAAAUAAGC